UCGCUCUCUCUCUCUCUCUCUCACUCUGGCUCGCUCUGUAUUUUUCUCUCUCACGUGGUAUUUUUCUCUCAUACAUAUCUUAAGGUAGUAUUUCAGACAGAAAUGACCAGCUGCAGGUGCACACCUAAAUGUUUACUGGGGCAGUUUGGCAAACAACUAAACUGACCAUUAUUCAUUCGUGCAUAACCAAAUCCCCCCUCCUGGUACAUACACACAGCAGUGGUUUUCAUGAUUAAACAAAAGGUGGCUUCCCACAGAAAGUCUGUAUGCUCUCUCUGGUACCUCCAAAAACAGCGCAUCAAACAAGGACCCCUAUUAAAUGGUGGGACUGGACGUGCUGCAGGGCAGCUGUGUCUGUGUACUUUUCCCUGGAGCUUUUUCUAAAACCGUCAAGCGUGGUUGACAUAAACGUUUCUUGGGCCUUCCCCUCUCCCCGUCGCCAGCAGGGGAAAGAGGGGACAGGUGUGAAGUUCUCAGCAAUCAAACCUGCUCUGCAACUAAUGUAUAACACUCACCUCAAUCUCAUUCACACGGAGUGACAAAAAAAAACACGCAUGGCAGGUGCAGGAGUGGUUAAACAGUCAAAAUGAAAAGGACGAACACUGAAGAAAGCAGGGUGAAGAAGGCUGAGAGAAAGAAAGGCACCCAUGUUGAGACACAGCUGUAUUUACAGUACAUUUUCAGCCAGUGCCCCGGGUUGGGAAGUGUUUUGUGUCGCCUAGACAGGAAGUCACCCCAUAUUCAUAUUCAAAUGGUCCUGAAAUUGGGCAUGGAAAUGCCACUUCCUAUCCAUAUUCAUACCAAACAGAAAAUGGAAUGAGCCCUUUUCUGAGACCCAAGUGAUCUCCACGACUAUUCAUCACUGUGUUUGUCACCGCUUUGGUGCUGGGAGUACAUGACAGAUGACAGGUUUAGUGGUUUAACUACACCAGCAUACAGCACUCGAAGGUAUACAUUUCAACAGCCAGUACUGAUACUAAAAAAAAUUCACAUUUUUUGUAAGCAACUUCCUUCUGUGAAAUUGUAUAAGCAGGCAAUAGUCAGUGGAGGUUAAAAGUAAUCCAUGUUUCUAGGCAAAUGCCGACUUAUACGCGUAAAACAUACGAUGGUAUAUAUCACCAAUGGCUCUUGGCUGUAUCUUACCAAGUGCAAAUCCUCUGACCUCCGCAUGUGUUUGCAAGAAGCUAGCUUUGAAUUGACUAAUUGCGGCCGUGUAAUGUUUACUGGAUGACUACAGACAACAAACAAUCGGUGUCCGAUGAGGCGGGGAAACAGCGGCUCCCAGAGGCAAGCAAUUUUUCUGAAAUAAUUAUUCAAAAUCCAUACGUUGCAGAAAACACUUUAAAUGUCCUGCAUUCUGGACAAAGCAACUGGCUGUAUUAUUUUCCAAAAAUGGAAAUAUACCUGUGAAUCAAAAAACUCUUUUAAAACUAUUUCAAACAUGCUUGCGUUUAGGUAAUUUGCAAUGUGUCAAUAACAAUUGGGCGUUAUUUAGAAAUAAUUCCACUGUUUAAUGUGUAUACAUUUGCGGGCGCGCUAGUGUGUGUUGUGUGUACAUUAAGUACAAGAAAGGUUGUAUCCCUGAAAAAAGGAGCGAAAGCUACUGCAGUACAAUCGAGCAGCCAGGGAGGCUGUCAACUCGUGGGUUUGAGAGCUGUCAUAGAGAGAGAGAGAGAGGGAGGGAGGGAGGGAGAGAGAGAGAGGUUAGGAGCGUCAGAGAACACAUCCCCACUCCAGAUGGUGUUUUAAACGCAGACAGAAGGCUACAGAGGGGAUAGAGCAGAGCACCAUUAGACAACGCUCCAGACCCACAAGCUUUAAACCAUCGACAACGGCAAAAUUAACCAAAACGCGAAAUGAGAGCAAACAAAGGCAGGCAAAGGGACGUCAGUUCACAAAUAUGUUGAACGCUAUUUGUUGACUGCUUCUUCCAGAACACCCGCUGCAAUUGUUCCUCGGGAAUGAGUGGUCCCUGAUGCCAGGACAGUGGGAGUAUUGGUCGGCAGAAGAUAUUUCCGUGGCAUGCUAAAUUUUACCGGACAACAUUGUGCGAAUCAUUCAGCUUUAUAGACAUUAUCUACAAGAGGACUUCUGUGGAUGUACUGUAACUCAUUUUUCUCAUUGGAGGCAAUUCUUUCCGAACAUUGGCUUUGAAGUGCAGCUCAAUUCAGAACAGAAGGAUCCUUGCCAAAAUUAUCAUCUCUGUACCUUGUUUGAAGUACAGCGGUCAUCAAUACAGGAAUUAUAAAGAGUCUCUUUUUGUGUGAUGAAGUAAGAAUAACAUUUGUGGCACUUAUUCCACAUUUGUUUAAUUUGGUAUUUCCCAAACGAAACAAUAUCCUUCUGGCUUUCUUGCGUCUCUCGAACACGAACCUCGUGAAUGACUGAAAGAGACGCGUGUUGUUUCUUUAUUUGGAAAAUAAAUAUUGGUCUUGAUUAUUGAAAUAGAAACCGUAAACCAAAGACUUGCUAUACAGAAGAGUCAGUGAGUUUUAAGCUUUGAAAACUUUUUCGAUUUUUAAGUGAGAAGCAAAUUACCUCAGAAUUUCCGAACUGAAAAGUCAUCAGCGCUUUAAAUCCAAAGGAGUUAAGCAUAAUUAUUGGACUGUGAGAAAAUAUCAACGAUCAUUUCCUCAAAAAUAUUUUUUCAAAGAAUACAAAUAAGACCUUAAAUGAUUUUUAGUCAUUUAAAGGCUUUAUUUUUUUGUUCUUCCAUAUGAUGCGGAUUGGGGCGUAAUAAUCGCUGCAUCGUAUUAUUGUGUGGAUUACCUUCUCAGCAAUUACCUCAGUUUGAACUCGAUCUACACAAAGUAGGCUACUGGUAGAACCGAACAGAAGGUUGGAACGAUGCCCGAUUCACCUGCUGAUGUCAAAACCCAGCCCAGGUCAACUCCGCCCGCCAUGCCACCUCCACCCCCCGCUGUCAGCCAGGUGGCUAAUCGCAACACCUCCUACACGCCCACCACCAUGCUGAACGGUAGCGGCAGCAGCGGCCACUCCCCGACGGCGCUCAACGGCGCACCCUCCACGCCCAACGGCUUCAGCAACGGCCCGGCCGCCUCCUCCAGCGCGGCCCUCUCCACCCAGCAGCUGCCGCCGGCCUGCGGCGCCCGCCAGCUCUGCAAGCUCAAGCGCUUCCUCACGACACUGCAGCAGUUCGGCAACGACAUCUCGCCCGAGAUCGGCGAGCGCGUCCGCAGCCUGGUGCUGGGCCUGGUGAAUUCCACGCUGACCAUUGAAGAGUUCCACUCCAAACUCCAGGAGGCUACCAAUUUCCCUCUGCGUCCCUUUGUCAUUCCAUUUCUCAAGGCCAACCUGCCCCUGCUGCAGAGAGAGCUGCUCCACUGUGCCCGGAUGGCUAAGCAGACGCCAGCGCAGUACCUGGCCCAGCACGAGCAGCUGCUGCUGGACGCCAACGCCAGCUCGCCCCUGGACUCCUCCGAGAUCAUGCUGGAGAUCAAUGAGCAUGGCAAGAGAAGGACCCCUGACAGGACCAAAGAUGGCAGCCUGGACCGGGACAUUCUGCACGCGGAGCAUCUGGCCAAGAGGCCGUGCACCGUGAGCCCCAGUCAGCGCUUCAGCCCCAGCGGGGGCCCCAUGCCGGCCCACCCGGCCCACCCGGCCCACCCGCCCCCCAACGGCCUGGCGUCCUCGCACGCGCCCCCCAACGGCCUGCCCCACCCUGCCCCACCCACACCCCAGCACUACCGGCUGGAGGACAUGGCGCUGGCCCACCACUACCGGGACGCCUACAGGCAGGCGGAGCAGCGCGACGUACGGGAGAGACACCGACAGACUGCAGUGCAUGGAGCUCGCCAAGAGGAAGUGAUCGAUCACCGACUGACUGACCGGGAAUGGGCUGAGGAAUGGAAGCACCUUGAUAAUUUGCUCAACUGCAUCAUGGACAUGGUGGAGAAGACGCGGCGAUCCCUGACGGUGCUGCGGCGCUGCCAGGAGGCAGACCGCGAGGAGAUGAACCACUGGAUCCGCCGCUACAGCGACGUGGAGGAUAUGAAAAAAGGUGGGAGCUCCGCCCAGCGCCCUCCUCCUCCACCACCAAAUCUACCUCCACUUCCUCUUCCUUCAUCUCUCGCUCCUCUUCCUCCUCCUCCUCCUCACAACUCCAACUCUCCCAGCAACAAGUCGCACGCGCUAGAGAUCCACCGGGACUUCCUUCACCGGCCGCCCUCGGGAUAUCUUCCAGAGGAGAUCUGGAGGAAGGCUGGUACCCCCAGCAUCCCGAUCUCCCCAGCACUAAAGCAACUCCAAAACAAACAGGAGGAGGCAGUGAAUGAGGUGAAAAGACAGGCCAUGUCUGAACUGCAGAAAGCGGUGACAGAUGCCGAGCGCAAGGCUCACGAGAUGAUCUCCGCCGAGCGCAACAAGAUGGAGAGGGCGCUGGCUGACGCCAAGAGGCAGGCCUCAGAGGAAGCGCUGACCGUCAUCAACCAGCAGGAGGACUCCAGUGAGAGCUGCUGGAACUGCGGGCGGAAGGCCAGUGAGACCUGCAGCGGCUGCAACACGGCGCGUUACUGCGGCUCCUUCUGUCAACACAAGGACUGGGAGAAGCACCACCACGUGUGCGGACAGGGCAUGCAGGGGUUGCCCGGGGGCGGCGGAGUGCCCGUGGGCACCCCGUCCUCCACCACCUCCACGUCUUCGUCCUCUUCCUCCAACGCACCCCCCACGCACUCAGAGAGCACGCCCCCUGGAGGUCCCCUGUCGCUGGGCGUCCAGGUGGGCGGCGGCAGCCCCAAGGACGGUGGCUCCAGCUCCAGCAGCGCGUCCCGCUCCACCACCCCGGCCACCCCCGCCCUGCUGGACUCAUCCUCGCGCUGACAAGCCACUGCAUCGCCUCCACCACCACCUCCAGUCACCACCCUAAGCCAACACCUUCAGCUACACCCCUGCCUCCACUGCUGCUAAACAGCGUCCUCUAUCCAAAACGUAGCCAACAGCGGAGGAAUCUCUUGCGAUGGCAUCCCCUCGAUGAAGUAUCUAAAAAAGAAAAAAAAAAGAUUUUUUUUUUGGUGUUUUUGUGUGACUGCACCUCGAAGUGCUGCCAAGACGGUAAACUGUGUCCGAUGAUUUCUUAGCUACCUAACGAAGGUAUUCUUUUUGUGGACCCACACAAGAAUAGAAAAAAAAUACAACACAUUUCUCUUUCAUGAAGCAAGGCAAGACACACACCAUGAGAAACUCCAUAACCAAAUUCACACAGCGAAGUGACGGGGGUCCUUCUGGCCUGUGCUCAAAGCUGGGGUCUAAGUUAACACAAUACGUGCUGCCAGGACACAGAGAGUGUUCACUAAUGCCUAUAAAUGGAAUGUGUUUUCCAUUUGUAAAUGGGAUUAGGUCCUUUUACAAAUAGGACAUGCAAACACUGUCAGCCUAGUUGGCACCAAACAGCACUGAGAGCUCUACAGCAGGCCUGGCUUUUGCCAUCCUCCAUGGUCUCAACAGCUCCAUUCCAGUGAAGGCUGUGGGUAUGGGGGUAGGUGCAGGGGUGGGGGGUCGGUUGGGGGUUGUGGUUAAACCCUGAGACCGCCAUGCUCCUGUGCCUCUUCAGUGAUCUGAUGCAGAACAGAAAGUGGACUUGGACCAGCACUCUUGUCCCUGAAACAUAAACACUUAAACCAGGAACUAGAACCCCCAUGUGGAGACACACAGCCUUCGGGAUUCUAGGCAUAAGACCAUAGGCAGCAGACACUCUCUGUUCAGUGUCCAGCCUCAGUCUGAGGAAUCUGACAGGUACCAGGAUGCCAACAACCCCCCCCCCUCACCUCCUCCUCUAAGAACCUCUCAAAUAAACAGCUGAAAUGUUCAUCUGUUGACAAAUAUGUUCUUUGGCUUUAAUAAAAAACAGAAAGAACAGUCCAAAAAUCAUUAUAAAUAAUAAUAAUGAUCAUAAUAAUAUUGAUAAUAAUAAUAAUAACAAAAACCUUUUUAAGAAAACCUGUUAACUACCUUGCUAGCGAGCCAAGAAAACCUACACCAGACUCACCUCUCUUUACUGAUGUGAACCCAAAUGAAUUUUUGAGGAGAAAAAAAACAGAAUCCAAACCUUUUUAUGACACUGCCAAAGUUACUGAGCGACAAGGAGAAGCACUCAUCUUGUAACCAAACACAAAACGACUACUUCAACUCCUCAGCAAAGCCAGCCCUGUAAGAGCAAGCAGGCUGUGUGAGUGGGGGCCACAGCGAACACCUUAUCUCCCCACAUAUGAACACACACACACAAACACACCCUCACUCACCUCCAAAAAACAUCAAAGGAAAUGGAAACAAAAUCCCCAAAUAACUCUACAGACUAAAUGCACUGCAGCUACCCGCUAACGGGUUGACAGACACUAUUGAGUCAAAUAAUGUGAAUUCACAUCGAUGGCAGAAAAAGAACUUCUGAGUAGAUGGAUGACACAUGAGACACAAAACACAGACACACACUCACGUAAACACACAAACAAAUACACAUCCAGACAAGCAGAAAAAAAUGACCUGGAGAGAUCGUUCUGGAAGGAAAAGGGAAGCUACCUGGGACAAUGAAAUUGUGUCUGGGGAAAAGACUUGUAUUUGCCCUUGAGGAGAAAAAAAUGGCAUUGGAACUGCCCCAGACAUCCCCCCCCCUUAAAAAAAAAAGACUGAAAUAUGAACUGUGAGUCUGUCUGUCUGUGAGCAUUGUACACUAAGAGUAAGCCUUCAUGUUCUUCAUGUUCUGUUUCUUUUUUUAAAGCGCUGUGAAGACUGAGACGUUAAACAUUGGAGUUUCAUCUUUUUUUCCACUUUCCCACAUUUUUUUCCAAAGCAUGACAAGAAACAGACUUUAAAGAGCCUCAUAGGUGGUGUAGACUUGGUUCUUUUCUCUCUAGCUAUCUCUCUCACUCUCUCUUUCUACCUCCCCUUGGCAAUGCCCCCGUGUGUUCAAUGCCCCUUUUUGUCAAACCUGCUUUGCUUCUUUGACACACCCAGCGAGUACAUAUCUGUGAAAGGAUCAAAAAUCCCUGCUUGUAGAUAUUCCUUUCUGUUUCCUCGAUGUCUCUGUCUGCCUUUGCUGUCCUGGUGUGUGAGUCAGAAAGAGGGGGAAAGUUUUGUUUGUUUGUUUGGUUUAUUUUUUUCUCCCUUCAGGUUCAGAAACAAACAUUCACAGAAAAUGUGAGGGGGGUUGGAGACACCGAAGGAGGAGAAGCCUGUGUUUUAUCUAUUCUUCAAUUUGUUGUAUCUAUAUCAAUGAGAAAGGAAAUCCUCCUGUAGAAUAUUUUCUAUUGCUCGCAUUGUUAGACAGUGAGAGAGAACAAGAGGUGCAAUAUGGGAAAGAGAAUUCAGCUACUGAAGGGAACCACAGAAACGGCCCUUAGGGUGACUUAUAACAAAAAAAUAUACAUAGAAAUAUAUUUAAAAUAACAACAGUAACUUAAUGUGAAUGUACAUAGUAUUUAAAAAAAAGAAGAGGUCCAAAAAUGUGUUUGCCAAAUAUCAGAAACCUUUAAAGUAUAAUGACUAGAAUUGAAUUUCUCUCCAUUUCAUCUGUUUUUGUUUGUUUAUUUUGUUUGGAAAUCAAGUCAAUUGUAAUUACUCAGUCAACAAAUGACCAUCACAUUUCUGGAUAUUUGCAGAUGUCUGUGCAAGGUGUAAUCUCUACAGGUUGUCAUGGGAAUGAGGGAGAUAUAAUCAGACAGGAGCUGUAUAAUCAUGAGAAGAUUCUCCUCUAAGUCCACUGACCCGGGCUGUUGUCGAAUAGUCAAAAAGAAAUUACGAACAAUGUCCUUUCCCAAACAUUUUUCCUUGAACUCAAUGGAAAACGUGAUGAGGUCAAGGAAAAAUGUUAAGGAGAAUGAGGAAAAGACAACCACAGAGCAAGAGAAUCCGACUGCACUUACGCUAGCCUACGUAAUUAUGCGACUGCAGAUGUUAUUGACGUGGGUCAUGUUGAUUAUUUGUUGUUGCUGCCAAGAAAUUGUGGGACUGCAUUAUCUCCUUUCCUUUCGUAAAGGACGGUUCAGUGUACCCUAUGCUAAAGGAGAUAAGAAAGGAAGCAUUGAAGCACCUUUCCUUCAGCAUUUAGAGACUUCGACCAGCUCUUAUCAUGGCUGCCACUUCGAUACUUCUGGGUCAUUUCACUCAGUUAGGAACCCAAGCAAAGAAGACUAUUUGACUGCAGCCCUGCUCUUCUAGUGGCAAAUCAGUGUCAUGUGAUACUCAUUCAAGUAUGCAUCCAUCAUUGCCACUUCAUGGUAAAGAAGAUGUAUUUGUCAAAGGAAGGGCUAGUGCAUGUAUUACGAUUAAAAACUUCUCAGUCAGGUUGGUGACUUCAACCUAUAGUGACCGACUGCAGGGGAAGUUGUGAAACAUUGCCAUCCAUUGGGCCAAAAUGCAACUGCAGUAGUCCAGCUCUGGUCAUUAUACACACACAGAGGUCAGCCCAUCUUAUGGGAACCAGGUGCAAGAGAGCAAUGCUCAUUUCUACCGGCAUCUUCUCACCUUAGGUAGUUCAGUGGCAGUGUGUGGAGUUUCAUACAUCACAGAUUACAGCGCAUUGUGUGCAUCCAAAUAAGAACCAGAGAGCAUGCCCCACACACAUAGGAAAGGUAUGGGUGACGCACCCAAGACAGAAAAUUAAAAGAAUCUGUGGUUCACAUUGUUCCAAAAAACAGUUUGGCACUCGUGUCUGAACAUUUUAGAGAGAUCUCCAGAGUUACACAUUCACACCCACACAUGUACUGGCGGAGUGCUGUCAUACCGAUUAGAGUACACAUUCAACCUAAACACUCCUAUCCUAUCUGUUUUCAUGCUGUACCUCUGAAAAUGGACCAAACUUGAAAGAUCUUUCGUGUUUUAUUGUUUUGUGCUGUUGCGAAGCAUUAUGGAGGCAGGUUCGCCGAGAUGUUUGCAUCGUCAGCUUUUUUUUUUUUUUUUACUUUAAUUAUUAUUUAAUUUAUCAUAGCAUAUCUAUUUUCUUAUUUCAUUAUCAAAGUAAUAUAUGAAUUCUGUCAGAUGUGAUAUGCUGAAGAUGAUUCUGCUCCUGCAUAAGCUUGCUUGCAUCAGUCCCAAAACAUUGUAUUUAAUCAGAUUCAGUCUAUUGCCUGUAUCACAGAGAACUCCUCUCCUACUUCCUUCCUGCACUAAAACGUCCCAUGACUCCCCGAAUCUGACUGCUUUCUGAACUGCCUGCUGCAAAUGCCCAACGACUGAGAAAGAAGCCAACGAGGAAAGUGUACAGUACAAAAAUGGUGCCACAGACAGACAUGUAAACCCGUCCAGUCAUGCUUCAGACCUCGCGAGUGAGCCUGAGAAAUACUUGUAGGAUGUCAUUAACUCUGCAUGUCUCCAAACGAGUGUGUGAGAAUGGUUGUGUUUGUGAGUGUAUGGUCAGCACUGCGUUGAAACUCAACUGCGUUUUAGGGUCUGCUUGCAUGUGUCGUCUGUAGUAUACUUUAGACCCCACUGCAGCUAGAACCCGCUUGUGUUUCAUAUAGGCUUUAAUCUGUCAGUGGAAGAAUAAUGUGACUGACUUAACCAAACCCCGUUAUUUAAAAAUGCCAUCUUUUGGUUUUGACAUCUUCUCUUAAACGAGUUGAGUAUGCAACGCUACUGGUUGCAUGUGUGACCCAAAUUAAUUCAAAAGCACAGACCAAAGUACUACUGUAUGGCUGCAGACUUUAGUGGAGAAAGCAGAGCUUUGUGUUACAUGAGACAAAAUGGGAGACCCUGUGGCCAUUAACCAAAGUGUCUGCAAUACAACACAACAGGAAACACACACUGAAAGCACAACAAAACUAUCAAUACGUUCUGCAAGGUCAAGAUUCAUUCAAGCAGCUCAGAUGCUUGUUCUCAUAAAUCAAAAACAACAGGAACAUUGUAGUAAUUUAACACCUCUCAGCCUGGCUGAGUGUAGAGAGUGUGUGUUUGGCAAGGGUGCUUCAAGGAGAGCUCUCCUUUCUUGAAAUGACCUUACUAUUUACAACUUUACUUGAACCUCAAGAGCUUUAAAAAAAAAAAAAAAAACCUUCAGACUGAUGGUAGAGGAUGUCCUUCUCUACCUGAGAUUUGUUUUUGCAUGUCUGCCUGUGGCAACAUUUGAAGAAACGUGCGGUACAAUACUCAAUACUCUUUCUGACCAUGUCUUUUUCUCUUGACCAAAAUGAAACCAAAUAAGCCUAGCUUAAGUACUUCCUUCCUUGUGUCUUGGGCACUUUCAGUUAGGCAGUCUCCAUUUAUAAGGGGAAGGAUUUGGUUGAGAUACUGGCCGUGUAAGUAGUUUGUAAAUACAACAUGAGUUCAAAGGAUGUCCUGGGCACUUCCUAUAUAUAUAUUAGAGGGUGAGAGAGAGACAAAAAAGAGAAUGAUGUCUGCAUCAAACCACGCAAGAAUGGAGGUCAGUCGCUUUCUGAAAUAACUUUGCUCAAUUAUGGGAUUCACACCAUUACAGAAACAUAACAAGAGAGAUAACCUGAGGACAAUAUGUGUUUCAUUCACUAAUGUUAGCAUUAGUCUAUGACUGGAAUUACAUUGUUAAUUUCAGUGUGUGAUUGUACUGUGAAAAAAAAAAAAACACACACACACACAAAGCUAAAACUGCUCUCUAUUGCUAGCAAGGUGGACACAGCACUUGGUCUCCCAAAAGCCAUGAUGGGGAGGGACUUUUAAAAGUAUAGAUACUUCAAACAAAAGGCUUGGUUUGAUAUUUGUAGGAUUAUAUACUGUAUUGUGCAAUACAAAAUUACAGAAAAAGGAAAUGUUUCUGUUGGAAAAAGGGUGGGCGUGUUGAAGGAAUUGAUUUUUUUAAAUUAUUAUUCUUUGCUUGUUUAUUUUCCAUGUAAAGGGUCCUGUUAUCAUUCUCUAGAUAAAGUGAACUGUGCCAGGAUAAAUUUUACAUUUAUUUAUUUCUUGCAUGCUCUCCUCCCCCCUCUUUUUGCUAUUUCCCUUCUCUAACUGUGCGCUAUGUUGGAUAUGUGAAGUUGUAAUCAUUCUAAUUCAGGUUAUUGUCUGUGUUGAGCUAUGUAUCUGUGUAAUUAAAAAGAAAACGAAAUAUGA